UCGCUAACUUAGGCUGCUUUUACACAGGCAGACCAAUUCAGAUCCUUUUUUUACUCAUUUGUCUUUUGACCAAUCACAUCAGAUCUUUUCAAAUCAGCUCUUUUUCAGAGCAGAUCUGAUUUGUCAAAAGAUUCAUUAGUGAAAAACAAGAUCAGAAUUGUGCUGCCUGUGUAAACGCUGCCUUACUGCCUUGAGUUGUUGAUAUAUCAGCUGAGUGUAUAUUUAUAGCCUGAACAGCCAGUUGUCAUCACUGUUUGAUUGAUUGAUCAUGUUCAUCUGCAUGUCACUGUGGUGUCAUAACGUUAGCCCUCUUUGUGUGAAUUUCAAAAAUCUUUCCUUAACUCUUGGCGUCCUCUGUCCUCACCUUGGUUGUUUUCAAAUCUGUCCGCUCCACAAAGACAUACAGCUGAGAAUGAUCAAUCAAUAAGCCAGUGAUUGGAUGGCAACUGCAGGUUCAGGCAAUAAAUACACACCACGCUGGUAUGUCAACUAAGCAUGGCAGUAAGGCACUGAGAGUAUUUCAGUAUUGCUUUGUCUGGGCUGUUGGUGGUUUAAGGCUUUGAUAUGGCUUUUGGAAUUAAUUUGGGGAUUGUGUUCCUUUGCUCAUUGUUUGCAGAACACUCAAGUUUUACAUGGGCUCCACGUGAUGCCCAGAGAGUAAGAGGCUAUGGGUUUUCUGGCUCUUCCAGAAUGGAAGUUGAGCAGAGGCAAACAGGUGGCAGCUAUCCCCAGGAUCAAUUCAGACCAGCCUCUCACACUUCUGGUUCGGUCCAGAGUGAAGCUACUUACCGCGGGACUGGAUACAACACACUCGGAGGCUUUGCUCCAAGCUCCCUCCAGCCAGCCCCAAGGGGCUCUGGAUCUAUCCCCAGCAGCUUUACCUCCGCCCAGACAAAGGGUAAGAGGACCCGUGCCAAGAAUACUGACAUUAGCCUCUCUGGUUCUAUAGCCAGUGGAUCCUCUGUCGCCCACAACAAGCAUCAAACCAAGGCCAGCAGAACCUAUGGUCAAAGUGUCACUGACCCCAGUGCAUUAAGGCCAGUUUCAAGUUGGGAGGUAAAGAGAAUCCAGGCCAACACUCUUCGUACUGUACAGCCUCACUCCGGCAGCUCUGGACUAGUCCAGAAUCCUGAUGUUGUGUUUAAUGUCCAGAGUAGAACUGCCUCUAACCUGAAACCAUCUACUCCUAACUAUGGCUCUACCCAGAGUGAAUUCAAGUUCUCCACCUCCAGACAACCCAACCAAGGCCUUGUCCAGACUCGGAGUAGAGGAGCCCCAAGCCUCUAUGGUCAAACUGCCACCCACACCACCUCCCUCACCCACUAUGUCCAGGACCUGAAGCAAGGGAGCAGCUUCCCUUCCUUGGCUUUCAAGGGACCAAUGGAGAUCUCUGCCCGGUCAAUUUCCACUCCUGACCGUGAAGUUCCCUCAAGUGGCUCUUCACAAACUUCAUUUAGACCAGGUCCUCUGAGUUUUGGUUCUACUGAAGGUGGGAGUGCAACAAAAAGCUACAAGCCUAGCUUCUCCCAAGAUGUCAUGCAAUACCAGAGCAACUCUGCCAGUAGAAGUGUUUCAACUUCCAAUCAAUAUGCCCAAACCUCUGGCCAGAGAAUAGAUGGAGCCUCUACCUCAAGUCGCGGCAUGCCUACUUCUAGCCUGGCCUCUCGCUCCAGUCUUUUUCACCCCAGCUCUACAGCUAGUGGAAACUCCUACGGCGCCUACAAGCCUGGCUCUGACCUUGGUGCAACACCAAGCCAAAGCCUGUUUACCUCUAACCAAGGUGGAAGGGGUUCAACAUACAGCCAGAAUCUCCUUGCAAAACCUGCCCAAGGGAAGUACGGACAAAUGUCUGCUCAGUGGGGGAGCUACAGGCCCAGCUAUUUGUUCAAUGCAGUGAAGUCCAACACUAGCUCUGCCAGACGUCCCACCCAGAGCCUCUUGUCUAGCAGCUAUGGCCCUACCCAGAGCAGGACCAGCAGUGCCAGCUCGAUCAACCUUCGCCGCUUUGGCCUGACCAUCAUGCACAGCAUCCCAGAAUUGUACGGCGGAUCUACAAUCCACCGGCUCAAAGACCCUACUCGGUAGGAGUAGUGCCUCCCCUAGCCACUCAACCCAGCUCUUCAAGUAUCAGCAAGCCACAGCCCAACCACUAUCUGCCAAGCAGAAAGGCCCUAGCACAACCUAAAUUGAGUCCAGAACAUGAUGAAGUGGGAUCUGUAGCCACCAGUUGAGGUGCUAUGACCUGGAAGUGUUGUCAGGACUUCUCUACUUCAAUUGUUUUAAAUAAAAUGUACUAAUACAUAUUAGUCUU